AUGACUUUCACCACCACACGAUCCACUGAUUCCUCCGAACCAGUAUCAUCAUCAUACACCAAUCAUGACCAAGAGGAUCCUCUUCAUUAUUUUAAAAUUGAUUUAUUUCAACCUGAAGUGCAAGAAUAUUUGGUACAAGUGAUGGAAUUGAAGGAGGAUGGAGGAGAGUGCUUGAAAAAGGCUUUACAGACACCUCCGAAUAUUUCAACAGUACGAGUGAAUAUGUUGCACUUUAGAAAAAAUUCAAUGGAUGAAAAGAAGAGUAAUGACGAAAUCAUGGAGCAAGUGAGAAAGAAAUUAAGCGAAAUUUUGGAGCACAAGUAUGAAGUGAAGAGAGAUGAAAAUGUACCAGAUUGUUUAACUAUACCUGUAAAAAAAUUAUAUCCCAGUUUUGAAAACAUUACUGAAUUCAUUGUGGUGGAUCGACUAUGUGGACAAGCUGUUUUGAGGGGAGCUCAUGUAUUUAGCCCUGGAGUUUUAGCAACAUCAAAGAAUAUUCGCGUAAACUCAGUAGUUGGCGUGUUGUGUGACGUACAAUCUCAGACCCUUAAGGGUUUUAAGUUUGAAAAAUCAAUCUCUGAAAUGCUUAGUAGUUCUUCCAAUAACAAUUUUAUUUAUAUUGGUAAUGGGAUUAUUAAAAUGGAAAGAGCCAACAUUUUCCAGACAAGAAAAGGCGUUGCCUUAGAAGUUACUCAGCCUCUCUUUGAGACGUGCCCCCUCAACGAUUUAUCACAGAAAUAUUAUCAUGAAUUUUUUGCGCAAAAUAUUUGCUCAAUGGUUGUUUCUCAUCUCCUAGAGCCACAAAGGGGAGACAAAAUACUGGACAUGUGUGCAGCUCCAGGUGGAAAGACAACUCACAUCGCCAAUCUCAUGCAAGAUGGUGAAUUAAUUUGUUGUGAUCGACAAAAAUCAAAAGUUGACAAGUUGAUCAAAUUACGGGAUCAGCUUGGGUUUCACAUGAUGAAACCUAUGGUAUUGGAUGGUACAAAAGCAACAAGAAGAAUACAAGAUUUAACUUCACUAGCUUCAAACGAUAUGGAUUCCCAAGACUUACAAAAGACAGAAAAUGCAUCACAAAAUUUCCUUGAAGAAGAAUAUUUUGAUAAGGUUCUUGUUGAUGCACCAUGUUCAGGUUUAGGACAACGGCCCUCUCUUUCUUUUAAUGAGUUUUCUCUGGAUUCCCUUAGAAAAACGGCAGAAUAUCAACGCAAACUUUUAUCGGAGGCUUUCAAAGUUCUGAAACCCGGAGGUGUGCUUGUAUACUCAACAUGUACAAUUAAUCCAAUGGAAAAUGAGGAAAAUGUCAUGUGGCUUUUGAAUCAAUACCAAUCGAAAAUAGAAUUAGUAGAGCCCAACUUGAGGGCAUAUGCAAGUGAAGGAUUACCAAGUAUUAUCAAGGAUCCUUCCAUUCGAAGUAAGGUUCUUCGCUUUGAUCCAAUACGUACACCUCAAACGAUUGGUUUCUUUGCUGCCAAGUUCAUGAAAAAGAUGUUGUGA